AUUAUUACUGCACUUCGGUUUUCUAUGAUAUAUCUUAUGGUAUUGCUUCGUCUAUAGUUGCAUAGCAGUUCACGUUUUGUAAACAUGGCGGAUAGCGCUAGUGAGAGUGAUUCGUCUUCGGUUGCCGAUGGCCCUACUAUGCAGCCACCAUCUAUGCCACCGUCACCCAUCACGAGAGAACAGUGGCAGAAAAGGAUUGAUUCUCUCCAACAGCAAAAUCGAGUACUUAAAACAGAACUUGAAACAUUCAAGCUUCGAGUAAAAAGCCUGCAAGAAGAAAAUCGCGCUCUUCGACAAGCAUCAGUCAACAUACAAGCCCGUGCUGAGCAAGAAGAAGAAUACAUCAGCAACACUUUGUUGAAAAAAAUUCAAACUUUGAAGAAAGAAAAGGAAUCUCUGGCUCUUAAUUAUGAACAAGAAGAAGAGUGUCUCACAAAUGAUCUCUCCCGCAAACUUGUUCAGCUUCGAAAUGAGAAAGUGGAGCUUGAACAAACCCUGGAGCAGGAGCAAGAAGCUUUAGUGAACAAAUUGAUGCGUAAAAUAGAAAAACUUGAAACAGAAACACAGAGUAAGCAGAAUGACUUGGAGACGCUGCGUCGAGAAAAAAUUGAACUGGAGAACACAUUGGAGCAGGAGCAGGAGGCGCUAGUCAACAAACUGUGGAAACGCAUGGACAAAUUAGAGGCAGAGAAAAGGUUAUUGCAAGGUAAACUUGAACAGCCAAUUAGCAAUCCUCCAUCUCCAGCUGACUUUGCUGGUGGAGAUGGUGAUGCUGCAAAUAAUAUCUCGAGUCACAUCCAGCACCUUCGCAAUGAGGUCACCCGCAUGAGGCAUCAGCUCACUACUACUCAAGAUCAGCACGAGCGUAGCAGUAAGCAGCUUGCCCAGGAAGAGCGGAUCACCAGAGAGGAGAACAAGAGGCUGCAAAGGCGACUACAAGAAGAGGUCGAGCGUCGUGAGGCCCUGUGUCGACAUUUGUCCGAGUCAGAGUCGUCACUGGACCUGGAAGAAGAGACCCGCGUCCUUGACAGCGUCCCUCCUCCUCCCCACGCCCGUCACCGGGUCUCCCCCACACCUGGCAGGCCACUGUCCCCAGGGAGCGGCAGCACCAGCAGUAACUGGAUGUACUUGUACAACUCACCGAUGUGCUCACGCUGCCCAAACUGCAAUGCAGCUUUGCCCCCAGCGCUGUCUUCGUCACCUUCUGGGCAUUCUCACUUUGUGCGUCAGUCAAGUCGGGGAGCAGAGCGUUUCGUGAAGCCAUCACCUCCCCCUCCUUCAUCUCCGCUGUCAUCACUGCUUUUGCAACAGUCGGGCGGCUAUGGAGGCAUGCCACCAUUGGCAUCUGGUUCUGCUCGCGCGCCGGUCGAAGUUCCUCUUAAUUCUAUGAGCAUUAACAAUGCCUCUCUUGGCCUAAGUUCUGCUGGCGGCAGCAACGGUGCAUCUCUUAGCACGAGGUUGAACACUGCAGCGACCACCAAACAGCAACGCCCACCAACGCCCGAGACCAUGAGUCUUGACCACCCCGCUGCUCCUCCUUCACCUAUGGACAUCUCGCGAAACUGAGUUUCCUCGUGUAUUUGGUCAAUGUAUUGACUGCAGGAGCUAGGCAGCAUGUAAAAAACCUGAAGUAAUCGUCCAUUUCCGGUGCAUGAAUGUUUUUUGUGCUGAAUUGAGGCAGAGUGAUAUGAUUUUUUUUAAACGGUACUUAGUUGCAGAAUACUUAGUGUUAGCGCAUUGUAUCGGACUUAAUUAGUCUGCUAACCUUGUUGAACUGACGUCAAGGGUAUUAUUGUUUCAAUCAUAUUACGAGUGCUGCUGCUUGAUAUUAAUAUAAUUGCACGCAAAAUAGAAAAUAAGCUAAUGCAUCUUCCUAUCUCUUGCAUACGAAUGCAAGAUGCGGGCCGAGUUAAUUAAUUCUAAUGAGCUGGGAUGAGACUCUUAUUCUAGAGCAUUCUGAAACAGAGGCUUCUUUAUUAACUCUAGAAAUAUCUUGCACUUCACAAAGGAUCCCUAAACCCUGGAAUGGAAGGUGGCUCUUCCCACGCCAGUCUUGUUGGGACUUACGUGCAGCUUGAGCCUUACAGUAAUUUGAUCUCUGUUCAGUGAGCGUUUGCUGCAGCUUUUUACCUUGGGUAAAAUGAACCAAUUCCUCAAUAAUAGGCUUGAUAGAAAUUAUCCAGUGUUUAAUAAUAAAAUUAUAAAGGGUAACUCUCGAAUUAGAUCCAUCACCUGUGCAUUGUAAAAUUAAAAAUUAUUCGGGUACAAAUUACUCACUAAAUUUUGACAAGAGUCUGUGGCUCUGGUUUGUUGAUGGUUUUUGGGUCUUUCUUGUUCAAAGUUAUUUAAUUUUCACGAUACUGCGAAUCGAU